GGUCAGACAGCCAUCCAGUCAUGGCGCUGUGGUGCUGCACCAAGAUCCUCUGCAGGUUGUCUGCAGGGUGGUUUCCUCUGCUGCUCUCAUUACUGCUAUGGCAAACGAUCUGCGCUGCCCCAUCUUGCCCACGGAUGUGCAGCUGCCCUGGUGUUAAAGAGGUCCACUGUACGUUCAGACACCUGACCAUCAUACCAAAAACCUUUCCUAGAGACACAGAGAGGCUCAACCUGGGAUAUAACAGCCUGACUGAGGUGGAGGGGUCUGAAUUCAGGCCAUUACGGCAACUGGAAAUGCUCAUGUUGCAUGGCAAUGACAUUAACACAGUCCACUCUGGAGCAUUUUACAGCCUAAGAUCACUACAGAUCUUGAAGCUGAGCUACAACAAACUGACAUCAGUGAACCCUGGUUUGUUUGAGGGGCUUGUUGGUUUGAUCCGUCUCCAUCUGGACCAUAACCUCAUUAACUUUAUAGAGCCAUACUCCUUCUCCAGCCUGACCUCACUAAAACUUUUGCAGCUGGAGGGGAACCUCCUCAAAGAUAUUCACCCCCAUACCUUCAUAACAGUGUCACUGCUUGGAAGCUUUUGGACCUCUGGACUAAAGCAUUUACACCUGUCAGACAAUCUGUUGGAGCAGCUCCCUUCCGCAGCAUUGCAGACUGCUCCGAGGCUCGAGCUCCUCUCUCUUCAUGGUAAUCCUUGGACCUGUGACUGUCAACUUCGCUGGUUGGUAGAAUGGAGCUCCAAACAUGAAGGUGUAAUAAAGUGCAAAAAGGAACGUGGCUCCAUUGAGACAUGCCCCCAAUGCUCUUCUCCUCACUCCUUGAAUGGUACUCUCUUCUUAGGGUUAACCCCAAACAAGCUUACUUGUGAACGGCCAACUCUUCAAUCCCCUCUCAAACAGUGGGACAAUCCCAUGUGGGCUGAAUCUGAAACAGAGCCAGACCUGCCAUACACCAGGGACUUUGAAAAACCCUUGGGCAACUUGACUUUUGUUCUCUCCGACAGCCAUGGGAAUCAGGCACAUGUGGAGUGUAGUGUGCGCCAACCUGUGCAUAAUACACCUAUAACCUGGACUGUAAAUCCUCAGUUACCCGGGCAGUUAUCUGUCAAUGUAUCAUUGGCGACUGUUCUUGAAUGUGAGAUUGAUCGGGAAACAUUACAAAAUCUAUGGCAACUAGUUGCAUAUUACUAUGAAAGCCCUGCUAUCUUGGAGAGAGGUCAACAAAGAGGAAACGCAACCUACCAGUAUGUCCAAGCUAUAAAUGAGAAUUCCCCAUAUUUCACAGAAUUAAAAGGACAUUUAGAAGCAGAACCAUCAUGGCUGCUUCAACCUAGAGUCACUUUGAGGCUCAACAGGCAGCAGACAACAACUAAGAAAUUAGUGAUGGAUUUCACUACUUUAAUUUCUAAGGAUGUUAAUAGAGGGCAUAAUGAUAACAAUGACUUCACUUCUUCCUGGGCACUGAUUCAAAGAGCAACUGCAGGGCGGAUUCAGACAGCAAUUGAGGGCUCAAAGGUCCAUUUGGGGUGCAAUGUUGCAACUUCCAAUCCGGAGAUGAAAGUUGAAUGGAUCCUUCCAGACUUGUCCAUAGUAGAGGAAGCAGAUACAAAAACAAACAUUUUAGAAGGAGGAAAACUUUUGAUUUUAAAUGCCACACUGUCUGAUUCUGGCCUCUAUCACUGUAUGGUCAGAACCAAAGCUGGUGUGGAUUUCAUGCCCUUGAGGCUCACAAUUAAAGAACUUUCACUUAGCCCCACGGCUUUCAAUGGGAAGAAAAUUGUCAGUGAAAAGGGCCAAUCAUUAGCUAUUCCAUGUGACGUAACUUCAGUUCAGCCCAGUCAAACUGUGUGGUACCUACCCAAAAAUCACAUUCUUCUCCCCACACAGAAGACAAGACGAGCAGAAGUGGUGGAAAAUGGGACUUUGGUAAUAAGAAAACUGACACAAGAGGAUACUGGAGAAUACAGCUGCUUAGCCUCAAAUCUUUAUGGAGUUGACAUGCUAUCACACAGGGUGGAAGUCACUGAUGGGAAGGCUCUAGAAAAGUCUAAAGUACCAACAGAGAGAGUGGGGAAGCUCUUACCAAAUAGCAUGGACGAAGAUGGUUCAGGAGAAUAUUACCAGGAAAUUAUACGCCCUUUUGCUACACAAUUUCCAAAGAAGGUUGAAACAGAGCAAAGGAAUCCCAACGGAUUUUCCCAAAAAAUUCAAAAAGAUUCAAAACGAAAACCCAAUAAAUCAGUUAAGGAAUUGUAUCCAAAUCGUUGGGCAGAGAUAUUGGCAAAACAUAAUGUUAAACCAAGUAUUACUCUGCCUACAGAGCAGUCAUUAGAGGACCCCAGCAUUAUAAUACUCAAAAUGAGUACUCCAAAAUCCACUACAACAAUCUCAACUACGACCAACAACUUACCCGAUACUACUACCCCUCCUGAUAUAACAGUAGAGUCAACAUUUGUUUCCCUGAACACAAGAGUUGAGCCAGAGACCCAUUCUGAACAAGAAAAAAAAGAUGAUAUAAGUAAAUACAUUGAAUACAAUGUAACACCGAAAAGUCUCCCACCACCUCCCAGAAUUAUGGAAAUAUCUACAUCUUUCACAGACCCUCCAGUAAGUGGAACCCCCCAGCCAACUAAUGAUUCUGAGAAGAAGCAUUUUGGAGCGAGGCGAAGGAACUACAACUUUGCUCCUGGUCAGUCAAGGAGAAGACCCCCUUACAGACGUAGAAUACACCCAUCAAGGAGAGUUCAUUCACACCUAACCCCACUCAACCGUCCAGUAAACAGGCCUCAAACAACUGUUCUUCCUACAACCACUACACCGCCGCCAACAACAACCACUACUACCACUACAACAACUACUACUACAACACCUGCUCCAACCACAACACCUGCUCCAACCACAACACCUACUCCAACUACAACACCUGCUCCAACCACAAUGGAAAACAAUGAAAACCUAUCUUCGGAGUAUCAGACAGUAGAAGAUGAAGAUGAAUACUAUGAAGAAUAUAGUUAUAAGGAUGGUGAUAGCUUGGAUGCUAAGGAAAAUUUAAACAGUGAAAGUCUUCAUACUACACAUGAACUUGACAAUCUCCUUACCACAGUCCCAACAGUUACAGGGAUAACAUUAAGCAGACAUAACAUACCUGAUCCAAAGACAACCAUCACUCCAAAGAUAGAUAGCACCCCUCAUCCAACUGAAAGGACAGUUAAUGAAAAUGAGAGAUUUACGGUCAAUCCAAAGAAACCUGAUAAGUGGAGGGUUGAUAUCAGAACACAGACUGAAGAAAAGGGCAGACACAGUAAAAACCACGAAGAAGAGAAUGAGAGGGGGGUAAUAACAGAAAUGGAAAUACACAAAAACCACAAAACAGCCAUUGAAGCAGGUGAGAGUGAGACAUACAAAUCUAAAAAGGAGGGGGUUCUACAGAGCUACAAUACAGGGGAUAGCAUCCUAUUAACAACACAAAUUAGACCAAGACCCAACACUCGACCUUCAACAGGGCAAAAUAUACCAACUCAUGCAAGAACUUCAUCUACCAAAGACAUAACCUCAGAUUCAACCAAAGGAAGGACAAAAGAUGUCACACAGCGUGACGGUAAAGAGGUAAACAAUUCAAGGGAAAAGCCUGAGAUCCACAUUUUCCCAAUAAUGGAACCACUUCAUCCCUGGCUCCAUCCAAAAAAACAGGGACAAGGGCAACCUACCACUUCCAGGAUAACACACCCAAACCAAGAUAGAAAUACAGCAAGACGAGGUGAAGUCAAUCCUGACAGACAUUCUCAGCCUCAGCCUCCUAGAGUCACCCCGACCUCCCACUGGCCUUCACUCUAUCAUCAUCAUUACUACCCUCUCUACCCUUCAUGGCCAAGUCAAAGGUCAUUUCCUCCUCCAAGGCAAGGUCCUGGGCUACAACCUAUGCCCACCCAUCGAUCCUGGUCUCUCACCCACCCCUGGGUUAAAAACCCUGUUGUAACCAACAGACCAGAAAUCACUGCUGAAACAGUCAAGCCCACAACUACACCCACUGAAAUAACAGGAAACCAUCAGUUUACACUCCCUAAUCCCCCCUUGUCGCAUAAUCAUCAUCGAAAUCAUCAUGUUGAUGGCAGGACCCAACAUAUAGAUCAAGUUUUUCUGUCAAGGCUAAGGAACAGAUACAGACAGGCACAGCUCGACCGCAUUGCUCAGCUCGGAAGGAUGGUUACAGCCAAACCUCAUACAAGCUACUACAAUCCUCCAUCUCCAGUUGCACCAAAACCUAACCCUCCAUCACUGCAUACACCCUCCUCUUCUAAGCAACCAGUGGCCACUGAUUCUGACAUUUACAACCUGAAUCCACCAAACCCUGCUAAACCUUCAUCCUCAUCAUCCUCUGGUUUUAUCACAACAUCUCGCCCUUACCACCCCACCAACCCUGGAGUUCUGCAUGGAAGUUGGCGGCCCAUUGGAGGACGAAUAAGCUCUCGGCGGCCAACAGCUGCCCCACCUUUUCCAUGGAUGUUGGGUGUUGGAAGUGGAGGAAUGAAACCUCGCAUCACCACAGUGACCGCAGCCAGUGUGUCAGCACUUGCAGAAAGUGAUGUCUUCCUGCCCUGCAAAGCAACAGGGAAUCCACAACCUACCAUUGCAUGGACCAAAGUCUCCACAGGUGCUACAGUCCCAGCCAAUACCAAGCAUGGUCUCCGUUUUGAAGUUUUCAAAAAUGGAACUUUCAUUAUUAAAAACAUCCAGCUUCAGGAUCGAGGCCAGUACCUCUGCACGGCUCAGAAUCAGUUUGGAUCAGACCGCAUGGUUAUCACCUUAGCUGUCCAGACUGAGGCGCCAAAGAUCCAAACACCGAAGUCCACAGAGAUAGCGGUCUACCUCGGGAACAGUUUGACUUUGGACUGCCUUGCUUCUGGAAAACCACCAGCCCAAAUUUCCUGGAUUCUUCCGGAUAAGACAUUUGUUCGUAAUGUCGGGACAGUUCACACUCCUCUCUCUCCAAUGUCUCUGCUUCAAAAUGGAACCCUGCAAAUAACUUCUGCUAAUUUCUCCACCAAAGGGGACUAUAAAUGUAUUGCGAGUAAUGCAGCAGGUGCUGAUACAAUUACUUAUCAUCUCCAUGUGGCUGCUCUGCCUCCAAGCAUCAGUGAGGGACCAAUGGAUACUAUUAUCGUUCAGCCAGGCAAGAGUGUCUACAUCCACUGCUCUGUAAAAGGCGAACCAAUGCCUGCUCUGAAAUGGAUGCUCCCAGCAGGCGUUCAGAUAAAACCAACACAGUUUCUGGGACGAAGGCUGUUUGUCUUCCCUAACGGGACACUGUUUGUGAAGAAUGUUUCACCACUGGAUGGGGGGAGGUAUGAUUGUGUGGCCACUAAUGCUGUUGGAAUGACCAAAAGGUCUGUCCAGCUGGAGGUGAGGGCAGAUUCUCCCUCAUUCUUCCACCAGCCUGCUCCUCCUCCUCUUCCCAUUCCUUCCACUCAUCGACAUGCUGUGCCAUCCCGCCAACACUCGGUCUCUGCUAUGUAUGGUUCUGCUGUCUACCUCCACUGUCCAGAGUCAACCGGAUCCACAAGGGGGACCAUCUGGCAGCUACCCUCGAAGACCAUACUAGAGUAUCGAUACAGUCCGGAGAGACCAAUUAAAGUUUUCCGUAAUGGGACUCUGAGGAUUCUUCAGCUAACAGAACAAGAUGGUGGAAAUUAUCUAUGUGUCUUUCAAAGGCCUAAUGGGGAGGACAUGGAGCUCUUCCAGGUGGAAGUACUGAUGACUGCUCCCAGAAUCGAACAUGUGAGAACUCCACAGACCAAGGUCACCUUUGGAGACAAUUUCCAGGUGGACUGUGUUGCAUCGGGCCUCCCUGACCCAGAAGUGUCUUGGGGUCUUCCAGAUGGAACUUUAAUCAACAAUGCACUUCAGUCAGAUGACAGUGGUCUUCGUAACCGCCGCUAUGUUAUCUUUGGCAAUGGAACUUUACUUCUCCAGCACAUGGGGAAAAAAGACGAGGGUGACUAUACUUGCUAUGCCAAAAACAAACUUGGCAAAGAUGAACGAAAGGUCAGCGUCAAAGUGGGACCAAACGCUCCACAGAUUAAACUAAAAUCACAAUCUUUGGUGAUAGUGAAGCUGGGGAAAUCUGCUAAAUUCAGUUGUCAGGCAACAGGUGAACCUACACCAAGAAUCAUUUGGAUCUCACCACAAAAUAAGGUGAUAUCUGCCUCAUCAGACCAAUUUUACAUAAUGGACAACGGGACUUUGGUGCUGAAAAGGGUAAGACUUGCUAAUGAAGGUAAAUAUGCAUGUAUAGCACGGAAUUCUGCUGGUGAUGACGUUAAAAACAUCAAACUUGAAAUUGAGCCACAGGAACCUUUUAUCAAUGGAAUGGAAGGAAAGAGAACAACAGCGGUUUUGGGUGUUUCCUAUCAAACGAUGCUUCUGGAUUGCAGAGUGGAGGGAAAACCUGAACCAAGAGUAUGGUGGGUUACUCCCUAUGGCCACUCACUCACAGCACCCUACCUUGGUGGUCGCUUCCAAGUACACCAGAAUGGUAGCUUGGAGCUGAGAGGAGUGAGGAAAUCAGAUGGAGGGAGAUACAUGUGUGUAGCUAAGAACCAUCUAGGUGAAGCUUCACUUUUGGUGGAAUUAGAAGUGGCAUCACUAGCAGAGAAACCCAGCUUUGCUGUUCCCAAUAUUGAAAUCUUACCAAUAAAGCAAGAUGGUGGGGAACUGAUCCUGGACUGUUCUGCUCGUGGAAAGCCAAACCCAGAAUUUACAUGGAUACUACCAAAUGGGACGUUGUUAUCCCCCGGUGAUAGACUCCAACGCUUCACACACCAUUUGGGUAAUGGAACUCUACGGAUCUCUCAACCUGUUGCAACUGAUAAGGGAGUGUACCGGUGCCUGGCAAAAAAUGUGGCAGGACACGCAGAAAAACGCUAUGCACUCGAAGCAGGCAGAAAACCAAUGAUCAGAGGAUCUACAGGUGGGAUGAAGAUAACCUAUGGCCUUCACCUUAACUUGCCUUGUACCGUUGAUGGCUGGCCACAGGCAUCAAUCACUUGGACCCUGCCCAAUGGCCUUGUUUUGGACAAACCUCAAACCAUAGGUCGGGUAUCUUUUCUGGCCAAUGGGACCCUCCAGCUCAGGCAGGUGGCAACCUUUGACAAAGGAACUUACAUCUGUAAAGCCUUUAACUCGUUUGGCUCAUCAACACUAUCGUAUCCAGUUGAGGUGAUGGUGUUUCGACCACGCAUCAUCAGUUCGAUGACCUCAAUAACAAGCGUAACCCGGGGAUCACCAGUGACAUUGAACUGCAUUGCCACUGGUAUUCCUAAACCCGAAAUUUCAUGGACGUUGCCUGGACGCACAACACUGGUUCCACAUAACCGGUACACAGUACAAGGAGGGAUCCACAUGACAGAAGAGGGCAGUCUGGUUAUACAGAACCCCGUGCUCACAAACUCUGGUAUUUACAAAUGCAACGUUAAAAAUGCACUUGGAACAGACUUCAAAUCUACAUACCUACAAGUCGUCUGAGUGACGACUGCAGCUGUUCUCUGUUGGUAAAAUGAAAGCAGUAUAAAUCUGGAUGAGGGAUUUUCCUCAAGGAUUGUAAUGUUAUACUGUAGAUAAAAGACAUUUUGGAGACAGAGUCACAGCUGCCUACUAAAGGUGGAUUGAGAUUCCUCAAAAAGCACUUUCCACUGAACAAUGACAUUGACUUAACAUGGAUAUUUACCUUUUAAAACUGUCUUAAUUUUUGUUUUAAGGUAUACUGUAUGUCUUGACAACUGAACAAUUUUGCUUUUACGUAACAUACAAUCAUUGUUCUUCAUUUAAAGCAAAUUAAGAACAUUUGUGUUGAGGUAUCUAAAUGUAAUUUUUACCUUUUGUAUACAUAUUGUUGUUGACGUUCUGUUAUGUUACAGAUCAGUGGCUCUUAUUUGAUGAUACAAAUGACCCCUGUUGCUGCUCUACAGGGGAUAUUAGCAAAUGCAUCAAUAUCACGUAUUCCUCUUCAUAACGGUGGAAAGGAAUUUAGCUUAAAAUACUUACUAGCAUGUUGUAAACCAACAGUUUUAAGCAGGUGAAUGACAUUAAUACAAAACAAACAUGCCCAGAAAAAAAUGUAUGUAUUACAUUGUGUCUUAAAGACACAAUG